GUUAUUUCUGGCUCUGCAAUUUUACUAACGAUGAAGUUCCAGGGUUGCAUACUUCUCUAAUUUCGAUAUCGGUUACGAAAAGGCGAAGAUGUAGUUGAGAGACAUAUAUCUGCUUCCUGUCCCCAUCACUAGUUCCCAAUGAAAUUGAAUGAUGGAGGAAAACAACAGACCCCCAAGAAAGGACAGAAAAGGUGACGAGCCUAGUAAGAACCAAGAGGAGGCAGCAAAGAAUUUGUGUACAAAUCAGAACCAACAAACUGCUAACAAAAAGAACCCACAGUCGCCUGUCACAACACAACAACAAAAUCUGCCCUCUGUUAAUGCUUCGCCUCUUUCUUCUUCUCCCUCUUCUGACACCAGCAGUUUGUCUUCUGGCACCGGAAAUGGCUCCAGUUCUAGCUUUCAUCACGAGGAUGUCGCACACAAUCAGUUUCUAAAAUCAACAAGUGAGACCUCUUUAUCCACUACAACUAGCAGUGGUGCCAUUCUGUCUGUUACACACCCGUCUGGGACAUACACAUUUUCGGAUAACGAAAAACUUCCUGGAACCGCUCACGGGCACGGUAACGCUCAGUACAACUGGCAAUCAACCAAAACAACAGUUAAAGAGAGACUAGCUUACCUAUUUAACACAGAAAUUAUGAGUGACAUUCAUUUCUUGGUUGGGACGCCACCAAACCAACAAAAGGUACCCGCUCAUAAAUUUGUUCUUUCAGUCGGCAGUGCUGUUUUUGAUGCACAAUUCAAUGGACCAAUGGCAACCAAAGAUGAUGUGAUUGAAAUUCCUGAUGUAGAACCAGGUGCGUUUCUGGCAUUACUAAAAUUUUUGUAUUCUGAUGAAGUGCAGAUUUGUUCGGACACUGUGAUGACAACCUUGUACACCGCCAAAAAGUAUGCUGUACCUGCAUUAGAAAAAGCAUGUGUAGAAUUUCUAAAACGUAACUUGAGUAGCGACAAUGCCUUUAUGCUACUGACACAGGCCAGGCUGUUUGAUGAGCCUCAACUAGCAGCACUUUGUUUAGAGACCAUUGACAAAAAUACAUCCGAGGCACUUGUGGCAGAUGGCUUUACAGACAUUGAUAAUGAUACGCUCUGUGUAGUGCUGGAAAGAGACACUCUGGGUAUACGAGAAUGCAAGCUGUUUGCUGCAGUGUGUCGAUGGGGAGAGGCAGAGUGUGCUAGGAGAAACAUAUCUCCCACGCCCGACAAUCAACGAUUAGUUCUUGGGAGAAGUUUGAGGUUGAUUCGAUUUCCUCUGAUGAGUGUGGAGGAGUUUGCUCAAGGUGCAGCCCAAGGGGGGCUACUGGAAGACCGCGAAGUAGUACAGCUUUUUCUGUACUUCACAGUCAACCCUAAGCCUCAAAUAGCUUUCCUGGACAAGCCUCGAUGCUGUCUGACUGGCAAGGAGCAGGUGGUGUCCCGCUUUUGUCAGAUAGAGAGCCGCUGGGGAUAUAGUGGCACCAGUGACAGAAUCAGGUUUAUGGUAAACAGGAGGAUUUUUGUGGUUGGGUUUUGUCUGUACGGUAGUAUACAUGGACCUCACGAGUACGCAGUUAAUAUACAGAUAAUUCAGUCCGAUACUGGGAAAGUUAUGGGGCAGAAUGACUCCAGCUUCCAAUGUGACGGAUCAAACUCAACAUUUCGUGUCAUGUUCAAGGAGCCAGUGGAGAUAUUGCCCAAUACCAGUUACACUGCAUGUGGUACUCUGAAGGGGCCAGAUUCUUAUUAUGGUGCUAAAGGCUUGAGGAAAGUGACACACGAGUCUGUGUCUAGUGGAAAGGUCACCUUUCAGUUUACCUACGCAGCCGGUAACAACAAUGGUACUUCUGUGGAAGAUGGCCAGAUCCCAGAGAUCAUCUUCUACACUUAACAGGAGGACCAGACCGCUGGUCUUAUCAACAGGAGGAUCAGACCGCUGGUCUUAUUAACAGGAAGACUAGACCGCUGGUCUUACCAACAGGCAACAUGGAACUCAUCCGAUAUUAAAAAGAAGACUACAGGAUAUAUAUAGCUGGGUAUACAUAUGGUCUGUUGAUUGUACUGUCAAAUCCGAUUCUAGAACGGUGACAAUAAGAGUCAAAUUAUUCUUUGAAACGUCCAAUACUUUACCGUAUUUGAUCUAAUAAGGGCACAGGGUGUGGGUAAUUGACAGUGGGGGCGCCCUUAUUAGGUCAAAUACGGUAAGUCUGAAAAUUGUUUAAUUGUAUUGGUUAGAUUUAUCUGAUUUACCUAUAUACUGAAUGAUGUAAGGAUUGGGGUGGGGUUGGGUGGUGGUAACCUGCAAUGAAAAUGCAAAGAUAAGGGGAAUGCAUAAUGUUAAGAUUUGGGUGGGUAUAGAUAAUGUAAUUACUCUUUGGGUGGGUAUGGAUAAUGUAAAGAUUUGGGUGGAUGUGAAGAUAAUGUUAGGAUUCAUGAGGAUAUUGAUAAUGUUAAGAUUAAGGUGGGUGUGGAUAAUUCAAAGAUUUGGUCGGGUAUGGAUGAUGUAAAGAUUUGGUGAUAUACAACAUUUUUGAUGGAGGUUGAUAAUGUGUAAAGUUUUAAAUGGGCCUGGAUAUCAAGGGGGCUUAUGGAUGAUAUAUAUGAUUGAGUGGGAGUUUGAUAAUGAUAUUUGUGUAGAGGUUGGUAAUAUACUAUUUAAAGGUCUAGAUAGGGUAGGCGUGUAUCAGUGUUAGACAAUAUAAAGAUGGCCGGGUGUAUCAGUGUUAGACAAUAUAAAGAUGUCUGGGUGUGUAUCAGUGUUAGACAAUAUAAAGAUGGCCGGGUGUAUCAGUGUUAGACAAUAUAAAGAUGUCUGGGUGUGUAUCAGUGUUAGACAAUAUAAAGAUUGCCGGGUGUGUAUCAGUGUUAGACAAUAUAAAGAUGUCUGGGUGUGUAUCAGUGUUAGACAAUAUAAAGAUGGCCGGGUGUGUAUCAGUGUUAGACAAUAUAAAGAUGUCUGGGUGUGUAUCAGUGUUAGACAAUAUAAAGAUGUCUGGGUGUGUAUCAGUGUUAGACAAUAUAAAGAUGGCCGUGUGUAUCAGUGUUAGACAAUAUAAAGAUGGCCGGGUGUGUAUCAGUGUUAGACAAUAUAAAAAUGGCCGGGUGUGUAUCAGUGUUAGACAAUAUAAAGAUGUCUGGGUGUGUAUCAGUGUUAGACAAUAUAAAGAUGGCCGGGUGUAUCAGUGUUAGACAAUAUAAAGAUGGCUGGGUGUGUAUCAGUGUUAGACAAUAUAAAGAUGUCUGGGUGUGUAUCAGUGUUAGACAAUAUAAAGAUGUCUGGGUGUGUAUCAGUGUUAGACAAUAUAAAGAUGUCUGGGUGUGUAUCAGUGUUAGACAAUAUAAAGAUGGCCGUGUGUGUAUCAGUGUUAGACAAUAUAAAGAUGGCCGUGUGUAUCAGUGUUAGACAAUAUAAAGAUGUCUGGGUGUGUAUCAGUGUUAGACAAUAUAAAGAUGUCUGGGUGUGUAUCAGUGUUAGACAAUAUAAAGAUGGCCGGGUGUGUAUCAGUGUUAGACAAUAUAAAGAUGGCUGGGUGUGUAUCAGUGUUAGACAAUAUAAAGAUGUCUGGGUGUGUAUCAGUGUUAGACAAUAUAAAGAUGUCUGGGUGUGUAUCAGUGUUAGACAAUAUAAAGAUGGCCGUGUGUGUAUCAGUGUUAGACAAUAUAAAGAUGGCCGUGUGUAUCAGUGUUAGACAAUAUAAAGAUGUCUGGGUGUGUAUCAGUGUUAGACAAUAUAAAGAUGUCUGGGUGUGUAUCAGUGUUAGACAAUAUAAAGAUGGCCGUGUGUGUAUCAGUGUUAGACAAUAUAAAGAUGGCCGUGUGUAUCAGUGUUAGACAAUAUAAGAUGUCUGGGUGUGUAUCAGUGUUAGACAAUAUAAAGAUGUCUGGGUGUGUAUCAGUGUUAGACAAUAUAAAGAUGUCGGGUGUGUAUCAGUGUUAGACAAUAUAAAGAUGGCCGGGUGUGUAUCAGUGUUAGACAAUAUAAAGAUGUCUGGGUGUGUAUCAGUGUUAGACAAUAUAAAGAUGGCCGGGUGUGUAUCAGUGUUAGACAAUAUAAAGAUGGCCAGGUGUGUAUCAGUGUUAGACAAUAUAAAGCUGUCUGGGUGUGUAUACUAU